AUGGCUCACUGUAGCUACAAAGCUCUUCUAGGUAAGGUCACCCCUUCCCAGGGCACACCUUGCGGUCAGUCCGCAGAUUAUCCUGGUCAGCUGGAAUGUAUUGCGCUCAAAGACUGUAUAAAAGAUGUAACUGGCCAUUUAAAGACCUUAAACCUCAGCGCAGAUGAGGGUUUAGGAUCUGAAAUAAAUUUGCUGUUAGCCAGAGCAGGUAAAUACCACCCUAAAAUAUAAUACUUUGGUUUUUUUAUCAGCUAUAUUAUUAUUAUACGUUUUACUUUUUAUCAUCAUGCACUUGAGGGUGGUUAUUCUCAACAAAUCAUUCUCCUUCUAGGGGUUUUCUCAGUGGAAGAACAUCACUAUGCCUUGAGCAUUUGUCCAAGGCACAGGGCUGAUUUCGGCAUCCGCUGGAGGACAGGGAAGACCAUGUGUACAGUACCCAAAGAAUUAGCAGUACAUAAAACUACAACUGCUAAAGGGAGCCACCGUGUGGAUAGCUUGAAGUCGGCGUUUAUUUUCAAAGCCACGAACACACUUAUUCCAGUUGGAUCACGUAAGUUGGAGACUUUUCCGCGAAGAUUGGUUAGAUAAUGGUAAUUUUUUACGGUUAAGAAUGACAGAUAAGGUGGCGCACAAGGCGAGGAGUUUGCUAGCACUCUAUUAAAGAAACGGUAAGAAAUUUCCCCGAGACAGUGACAAGGGAGGAGAGAGCGUGCAAGGAGAGGGAAACGCGCUUUUAAGAUGUAUUAAUUAUCACGUGUCCCUUGUUUGUAUUACGCAGGGGUCAUUUUUGCCUUGGGGGUGCGGGUAAUCCUAGCCUUGCGGUCCUCAUUCAAAAUUAUUGGUCUUGUAGGCAGGAAGUUCUCUUCUUUCUAUGUAUGUUUUAAAUGUAUUUGUUUAUACAGUAUAUUGACAUUAAUUUCUGUUCGUCUGUUCAUUUUGUUUUGCUUUUGUUUCUCCAUUUUAAUAAAGCAAUUUGUAAACAAUGCAACGAGUGUAUCAGCAAACUGGCCAUGCCCAACCAAACUCUAGUGUUUGCUUCAGGUGGGGUGGAGCCCGUCCCCGGGGUCUCGCUCCUGCAAGAGUUACCCGAGCCCCAUUUGUUGGUAAGUAGUAAUAAGAAACACUAGUGUAAAUGGUUCGUUUAAGUGGCUCCUUUAACGAUGGUAUGAAAUGUUUUGCUUUCAAAAAACAAAUUCAUCAUUCAUUCUUUCAUUUCCUUUUUAAUCCUUUUUUACUUUAGGGGAUUUCUUUUCAUUUCUUUCUUUCAGUUCUUAACGGGUUUGUGUGGGUGUUGGCUUGUGAAUAAAAUAAAACAAAAUAAACGUUUUAUCAUGCUUUAUAGUAAUUACACAAUAUAUUUGUUUGAACUGUUUCAGGUAGAGGGGGAAACAGGCCGUUCAAGUGCAGAAACAACUAGUGGUGAGUUAUCGUCCGAUGACCUUGCAACUGAACUGAAGAGGCUGGAGAUAUCGUCAAGAGGGCGGGAUGAUGAGACGUUCCUCAGUCCGGAUACUGGAAGUCUUGUUUCUUCCACGAGUGACGAGGCCCCACCACUAUGCAAGAACCUCGCAAAAAGUUGAACGAAUAUCUGGUUUCGAAGAACAUCCCGCCAAUAACUCAGCCCUGGAUGGAAUGGGAUAAAGCUGGAGAGAGCACUAAGAAGAGAUACACCAAAAGGACAGUGGAGAUCUUUUCUUCAGUCCUACAAUAUCUUACACCUAAUUAUGCCGGUUCUCUUUGGCAAGCGGUCGUCUCGUCCUCUGCCAUGAACAAAGCUCUUAAACUUGAUGAAUUAUCACAAACGUCCAAGAAUUAUCUUCAGGCCUUAGCAGAGGCAUACGGUAAAUCUCAAGGGUGGGAGACAAGAAGGCCAACCUGCAUCGCUUACAGUAUGGUAGCGGGGCUCCCACAACGCACCACCCUUCGCCGAGGAUAAAGGUUGAUCUGAAGCAACUUGACCAUUUUUUAUCGUAUAUAACAAGCCCGCAUUUGGUGCAGGAUCUACCAUUUGGGCAGAAAACGUUGAAACUCUCUUCUGGCCACCUUGUUGAGAUACCAAACGUCAUAAGGACGAUGAUACCCCAAAGAAUAGCACGUCAAUACGCUCAGUACUGCCACGAAACUGGCUUUAAACCAUUCAGUGAGCGUACUAUGCUUCGUGUAUUGGAGGAAUGCAAGGCCUCGGUCCGAAAAUCUCUCCAAGGACUAGACUACGUCGCCGCAGACGGUGCGCGUGCCUUUGAAGACUUAGAGAAUUUAGUCCGCCGACUUGGAGAGCUCGGUCACGGGAAAGAGUGGGAGUUGUAGUACGUGGAAUUGCUUAAGGGUUCAAAAUUAUACCUUAAAAGUGAUUUUAAGGUAAGGCUUAAUUAAAAAUAAUAAUACUAUAUUUUUUCGAAUAAGCGCCCAACCUCGAAAAAGCGCCCACCUCGAUUAAGCGCCCAGCCUCGAAAAAGUGCCCACCCCCUUUCCCUCCCACGCAAACUAAAAUAAGCGCCCACCACCACCCCACCCCCUUCCCCCUCCAACCCCCCGAAAAAUAUUGAAUAAGUACUCAAGAGACUUCCCCGAAGGCGGAGUUCUCUUCAGAGUAUUUUACAGAAACCUUCUUUUGUUACGUCUUCGCGUUUGGUACUACCAUUUAUUGUUUUGUUGCAAAAUAAACAUACUACAUUUGCUGAAAAUGGUGAAAAUUUAAUAAGCGCCCACUCUCAAGGUCCAAAAAUUUAAUAAGCGCCCAGGGAGGUUGAUCGAAUAAAUACAGUAAUUGGAAAGAAUUUAACCAUUCUUUACAAACAUUUUAAGUAUAAAAUUUAAAGAAUGAUUUUAAUUGUCACUAUUUGUCACAAUAAAUGCUAUGUGUUUUAAACAUCUUACAGGUCCACGUGUGUUCUUCAUCUGAGAUUGCGAGUCAUUGCAGUGUGUUUGCCUUAAGUGACUCCACCAUCCCUGAUCUGCAGCAGCAGUGUAGCCACAAACACGAAGAAUGCUGUGAGCAAUGUGAGAUCCUGCACUCAACUCUACAGAACAUUUCCUCUGCAGUAGAAAGAGCAUCGUUUGCCACGCAAGAUGACAAAGAAGAGGCCCUGUUCUUAGUCAACUCUUCUGUGCUUGCCAUCCAGUCAUGGAAAUGUCAUCUGCUGAGGUCGGCUCACCAGGACCAGGCUCGUUUGGACGCUAUCGACGCUCUUGAUCAGGAGACAGUUUUUAUCGUCAACGACUGGGCGAUGAAGUUUCUUCCUCAAAGAUACCGUGAGUCCCAAACGGACUGGUUUGGCAAGCGUGGGUUAUCACGGCACAUAUCGGUGGUGUACGGAUGGAAGGAGGAGGAACUACAGUGGCAAGCCUUUAUCCACGCAGUUCAGUCCUGCAGCCAGGGGAGUUCAGCUGUGGCAUCCAUAAUGCAUCAUGUCUUGGAAACACUCAAGCACGAGCACCAUGAGAUAAGCAAAGCCUACUUCAGACAAGACAACGCAGGCUGUUACCACUCCACUCGCACGAUACUAGCAUGCAGAGAUGGCAGCAAGCACUGGAGUAAAAGUAGUCCGCGUAGAUUUUAGCGAUCCCCAAGGCGGAAAAGGGGCAGCAGACCGGCUGGCUGCAAGCUGUAAAAGACAUAUCAGGGCGUUUAUUGAUGAAGGCAAUGAUGUUUGCACUGCCGAUGAGCUUAAAGACGCAUUAUUAUCGCAUGGUGGAUUGAAAGGUGUAAGAGUUGUUUCCCUUGAUACGAUUAUCGAAACACCUGACAGUGGGCAAACUAUUACUGGCAUUACAAAACUGAACAAUUUUGAGUUUAGCUCUACAGAGUCUGUUACCUGUUGGCGUGCGUAUUGUGUUGGUCGCGGAAAAAUCAUCAAUCCAGGACCUUCAUCAAGUAAGUAUGGGAAUUAAAACUAAAAGUGAGCUACUGAGAAUUAAUGUAUGAGUUGCCGCUAAAUUUACGUUCUGUAUUAAAAUGCAACUCAAAAGUGUAAGACCCUUACUUUAUUGGAGACCUUUACCAUACAAUAAUUAUCUGCAAGUACAUGUAUCAGAUACCUUUGGAGUCCCGCGCAAUAUUCUUGGUUCUGAUAAAUGAAGAAAUGAUUGUCGCAGUUGUAAGAGCAAUUUAAAGAAUUACCAUUUGGUUCAAUUUUUUUGGUGGCUUAAACGGGAAAACCCGUAACUUCUACGUACGUUAGCGCGGCAGCGCUCUACUAACUGAGAUAUGAAUACCCAUGUAUUGGGAACAUACGUUUAUGUCUGUCAUGUUUGCUUUAAAAACUUAUAAAUGAUUUGAAAAAGAAAUCAGAAAACAACUCUUUAUUGGUAUUAAUUUAUUUACCCAAGGUCCUCGAUACCAAGUACUUCAGAAAUCAUUCUCCGAAGGAGAUUUUACUUCCUUCCGAUGUAAAUCUGAAAAACAGGUUGGACAGACAGCUUCAACAUCAGCAACUGUGGCCGAGCCAUCUGGUGGCGUUUUGGAAGACAGUGACCUGUCCACAGGGGUUUAUUCCUGUCCUCAAGACGGCUGCGUUCGUGUGUUCCAAAGAGUGUCUGCUUUAGAGAAACAUCUGUCUGUAGAAAAAUGUUCCCGAUCCCGGGGAGAAAUAUUCUCUAAUGGAUUUAGCAAAAAUGGGAUACAAGACCCAUUUGGAAGAAGGUGUUGGCAUAUUGCCCUCUCUUAA